AUGACUAAUGAUAACGGGGAACAGUUGAAGCAGAUAAUAGAUGACUGCAGAAAAAUCCUAGAUCUGGAGAUUGCGAAGCUAAAGAAUGAAUACACUCUGGAAAGGGCAAGAGCUAGGGCAUCCACAGUGAACAAUGCAUUAGAAGAACUGGGUAAGAUAUCGAAAUUGAUUCGUGCUCAAACCACGAAACUGGGAAUAGUGUUCAAGCCUCCAAUCAAGGACGAUACUGUGAGCACUGCUACACAGACUUUGAGAGAGACCAUCAGGUAUGUGAUUCUUCUGGUAUCGUUGGCCUACCAGCUGUAUGUUGAAUCUGCGAGCUAUUCGGUGAUCUUUGCAAAAGAACUCAAGGACAAAAUCGUGCAUGUUAUCACUGAUUUCAGAGAUUUGGUGAACGGUUUAGAUGAUUUGGUCGACCAAUACGGAAUUGUUGCUGUAAACGCAGAUGAGGUGGAUGAUCAGUCUUCAAGACUAGUAUCUGUGGGUAAGGUAUGGGAUGGUUGCGAUGCGGUUAUCAGUACGUUGGAAGGUGGUAGUCAUGGCGUCUUGGUCUCGAGGAUUAAAGAAACCAUCGACAUCAUGACUGAUGCCAUUUCAGAGCUCGGAGAGUGGCUAGAGAGUCCGGAGAAAUUGAGCGAUCCAUUUGAUAUUUCCAGUUUUAAUAGCGACGACGACAACGAUAGCCACAAUGAGCCUGAAACGGAAAUCCCGGAGGACACGAUUGCGUUUGGACACCAGUGCUUACAGAAAAGCAAGCUGGUCAAGUUGCUUAUAUUUUCCCUUCAAAAAUCGGUACCUGCUGCCAAGUCAACGUCUUCGUUAGAUGAAAAGAAGAAGUAUGCUAGUCAGAUAGAUGGCUUGUUCGAGUCUCAGAGACGUAUUGGAGAGAUUAUUGAUGACUUGGCAUGUGCAAUAAUGGUGGAGCAGGAUCCAGAAGAAGCAGAAACGAUACUGAAAAGACUGGCUGCGGAAACUAGUGAGAUACUGAAGCUGGUGAAAGAUCUCAACCAUUCUGAUGAGAAGAAGAUCAAUUGGGCGAACACCUGGGAAGCCAAGUAUUAUGAGUGA